GUACUUUUUUAAUGUUGCUGACGAGACGCUCGCUCAAGCAUCGGUGACCGUACAUUUACGAAUGGACGGCAUGAAUUUGACAUCAAACCAUAUUCUAACUAGUCCGAAUCCUUUCAACGAAUGCUUAUUUUUACAAGGCUAUUAGAACGUUAUACAUAUAGUUCAGUUUAGCCGUGUGUAGCAUAGACAUGGCGUCUUGAGCUAUGUGAAAAUGGCUCUAUAACACGGUGUUGUGGAGGGCGCGGUCCAUUCAACAAGGAGCUGUGGACACCAGCAGGCAGGAUGGAGGAGAAGAAACGCACCAUCCGGAUCAUUGAAUGGGAGGACCUGGACAAGAAAAAGUUCUACUCCCUGGGUGUGUUCAUGACCAUGACCACCAGGGCCACAGUCUACCCGUUCACCCUCAUCCGCACCCGGCUGCAGGUGCAGAAGGGCAAGUCCCUCUACACAGGCACCUUUGACGCCUUCUACAAGAUCCUGAAGGCGGAGGGCCCGCGAGGCCUCUACCGAGGCUUUAUGGUUAACACCUUCACCUUGAUCUCAGGCCAGGCCUACAUCACCACCUAUGAACUGGUAAGGAAGUACGUGUCCCAAUAUUCCAGCAAUAACACAGUGAAGUCUCUGUGGGCAGGGGGAGCGGCGUCCCUGGUGGCCCAGACCAUCACUGUGCCCAUAGAUAUGGUCUCUCAGCAGCUCAUGAUGCAAGGCCAGGUGGGACACCUGAGCCGCUUCAAGGUCAAACCCAAAAUAAUGGUGGCGACAUCCAAGAGCAAAGUGACUUUCGGACAAACCAGGGACAUUGUGGUGCAGAUAUGUGCCGCUGAUGGUUUCCGGGGAUUUUACCGGGGAUACGUGGCAUCCCUCCUCACCUACAUCCCCAAUAGUGCGGUGUGGUGGCCUUUUUAUCAUUUUUAUGCAGAGAACCUUUCCAAACUAGCCCCCAGUGAUUGUCCUCACCUGCUUCUGCAGGCUAUCGCUGGGCCAAUGGCAGCAGCCACAGCCUCCACCAUCACCAAUCCCAUGGAUGUUGUGCGGGCCAGAGUGCAGGUGGAGGGCAGGUCAUCGGUCAUUGCAACCUUCAAGCAGCUGCUGGCAGAGGAAGGACCCUGGGGGAUGACUAAAGGGUUGUCUGCCCGCAUUAUCUCCUCCACCCCCACGGCCGUGGUCAUCGUGGUGGGCUACGAGACCCUCAAGAGACUGAGCCUGCGGCCUGAGCUGGUCAACUCUAGACACUGGUAAAUACCAGAGGGACAACCAGGGACAGACCCGGGCUAGACUGGGCCAGGUAGCCAGGACACUGUCAAACACAGACAAAACAUGGCUACCUGGUCUCACAUAUUGCCGAUUCGGAUUAGCCUUUGAAAAAACUGUUGCCUUUUUUAUGUUUUAAUGUGAGGUUGGUGGAUUUUAUCAUGCUGUUUGGGCAGAGGAAUUAUGAUUCAUACCUUUUCUGUUUUCAGGGAGUACAUCUGUAGAUAUUGGAACUUGUCAAUUAGAGGUAUGGAGAAAAAUGUGUGCGUUGUUGCAGCAGAGUAAGCAAAUUAAAGUGUAAUUAAUAAGGAGAGUCGUGUAAUUUACCAAUUAUAAGGCUUGGUAAGUUUGUCACUGGGUUAAACUGGUUUUCAAAAUGGACUCUCACAAACCCUCUGUUGCCCUUAAAAUAAUUGUGUUUGUUAACUUUAAAUGGUACAUGUUUGUCAGCUUUGUAUUGUUCAUGUAUUCACCCAAUGGUUGCGUUUCACUGGCAAAGGUAAUGUAGACAACCCUGCUGAGAGCCUGUCAACAGGGCAGGUUAUUACAUUCAACAAACAAGUUCUCUUCCUUUGGUGAGAAAGGACCAGGGCUAUGUUGAAUAAGAGCAGAGCUGCUCUCUAGUACCCUUUUUCUCUGAAUAUGAUUUGUGUAAAGCAAGUUAUUCAAAGUAGGCUUGGGAAAUGCUUGCCCUCAAUGCUUGUGGACUGUUGGGAAUAGUACACUAUAUACAAAAGUAUGUGGACCACCUUUCAAAUUAGUGGAUUGGGCUAGUUCAGCUCUACCAGUUGCUGACAGGUGUAUCAAAUUGAGCACACAGCCAUGCAAUCUCCAUAGACAAACACUGGCAGUAGAAUUGCCUGAAGAGCUCAAUGACUUUCAACGUGGUACUGUCAUAAGAUGCCCCCUUAAAUUUCUACCCUGCUUAACUGUAAGUGCUGUUAGUGUGAGGUGGAAACAUCUAGGAGCAACAACAGCUCAGCCGCAAAGUGGUAAGCCAUACAAGCUCACAGAAUGGGACCGCUGAAGUGCGUAGCGUGUAAAAAUAAUCUGUCCUCGGCUGCAACACACUAUCAAGUUCCAUGCUGCCUCUGGAAGCAACAAAAUAACUUAAGCUUGUGUGCGGGUGUCUUUUUACCUUUAACUAGGCAAGUCAGUUAAGAACAAAUUCUUAUUUUCAAUGACGGCCUAGGAACAGAACAUUUCAUGAAGCUCCAGACUAAGAUCACCAUGCGCAAUGCCAAGCUUGCUGCCAUUUGACUCUGGAGCAGUGGAAAUGCGUCACCAUCUGGCAGUCCGAUGGAUGAGUCUGGGUUUGGAGGAUGCCAGAAGAACGCUACUUGCCCGAAUGCAUAGUGCCAACUGUAAAGUUUGGUGGAGUCCCCGCAGAAAUGUUCCAACAUCUAGUGCAAAGUCUUCCCAGAGUGGAGGCAAUUACAGCAGGAUACGAACUCCAUAUGAAUGUCCAUGAUUUUGAAAUUAAUGUUCAACAAGCAGGUGUCCACAUACUUUUGUCCUGAAACAUGCCACAAUAAAAUGCUAUAUGAAGUGUGUCUUGGCCAAAAUUAAAUUGAGCAAUUUGAUUAAUGGUUUCUAAAUGUACUACAUUUCAUGGAGUAUAAGGUUGUGUUUUGAAUAUUUCCUUUUUUUCUGUAAGUUGUAGACUGAACUGUUGCACUUAAUUGAUUUUAGUUCAUGAAAUUAACCUUGUUUGUAAGCAUUCACGCAUUAUGAAUUUGCCCAUUGCUCAUACCUUCCUCAAAUAUGAGUGGUGAUAUUUGGCACCAUGCUCAGUUGUGAAGUAUACCCAUGUUAACUGGAUAGGGUGUUCUGAUGUCUUCAAUGAGUUUCAAUUAGCAACAAUUUCAGGUCACAACUGUGUUUUGGAUAAAUAAAGUAAAUAGAUUUGCACAAGUUAUUUUAACUUAAUGGAAAAUGUAAAAUACUGUCACAGCACACCCAAACCUUUAACUUUCUCCUAAUGCUUAGCAAAAAAAUCAUAACUCAUGAAUUUCAAGGUCAUUGACAGUUUGUACAAUAAAUUGGACUUCACACUUUCA